GGCGAGCCGGCGACUGCUGUAGCUGCCGCCUAUCCCAUAUCCCUCUUCUAACCCCCAAUCUUCUCCGGCGACGACGACGAGAACAACCCAGAUUUCCGAUUCCGGCUCCCCUCUCUCCUACGCUCGCAUUAGCACCGGCGUCCAUAAUCCCACGAUCUACCGGGAUGUGGAGCAUCAUCAGAGAGGCAUUCGACAAAACACUGCUGGUUGCAAAAGCAUACGGCAUCCUCCAUAUCACUAAUUCCUACCUCUGUACAGUUGCACUUGCUUAUGGCCCCAGCAUGAUUCCGGCUAUCAACCUCACCGGCGAUCUCAUCCUCGCCGAGAGAAUCUCCCCUCGCAUCAGGAAGGUGGGCGUUGGGGACAUUGUUGUCGUCAGGUCGCCGGUGGUUCCCAGUAGGGUAGUGACGAAGCGUGUGGUUGGCAUGGAAGGAGAUCGAGUCACCUACUUGCCCGACCCACACAACAGCGAUGAAGUUCGCUCCAUUGUGGUUCCAAGGGGCCAUGUCUGGAUACAGGGAGAUAACAUUUACAAUUCGAAAGAUUCGAGAGAUUUUGGCCCAGUUCCUUAUGCACUGGUUGAAGCAAAACUACUUUGGAGGGUGUGGCCGCCGAAAGAUUUUGGACCAAUGCAGCACAUAGCCAGAUAGAUCAGGGACUGCUGGCUCUCCUGUCAUAUGCUGUUGUUUGAAAUGGCAGCAACCCUAAAGAAAGAAUGUGGAUCAAUCCUCCUUUUUCAUGACUUUGAGUGAAGCUAGCUGUAAGGAGGUAACAGGGGAGGCAGAUUAGAGCAGAGAUCAAUCCUCGAUUGGGAAGAGUGUGUUCUGGCUAUGUAAAUGAUGAAAA